UAUUAAUAUUUUUUCUUUAUAUAGAGCCAACAAUUACGCAGCGCCUCGGACCGAACACACAUUCAAAAGCCAUGGAAUAUAUGGCAGCCAGUGCAUCUAUUUGUGACCCUGAUUUGGAGUUUGAUAAAAAUGUACCCCGAAUAUGUGGCGUCUGUGGGGACAAGGCAACCGGCUUCCACUUCAAUGCCAUGACAUGCGAAGGCUGCAAAGGUUUCUUCAGGAGGAGCAUGAAGCGGAAGGCAUCCUUUACUUGUCCUUUUAAUGGUCAUUGUCAAAUAACCAAAGAUAACAGGCGGCACUGUCAGUCCUGCAGGCUGAAACGCUGUGUUGAUAUUGGCAUGAUGAAGGAAUUUAUCUUAACAGAUGAAGAGGUUCAAAGGAAGAGAGAGAUGAUAAUGAAGCGCAAGGAGGAAGAGGCGCUGAAAGAGUCUCUAAGGCCCAAAAUCACAGAAGACCAGCAGAAAAUUAUUGAUGUCCUUUUGGAUGCUCAUCGGAAAACCUAUGACCCAACCUACAAAGAUUUUAGCCAGUUCAGGCCUCCUGUUAGAGAAAAUGCUUGUGAAAGAAUCGAUACGCGAUCAUCAUCUAUUAACACAAAGAGUUAUUCAUCGGAAGACUCUGAUGCUUUUAAUUCAUCUCCAGAUCCAUCUGAACAUAGUUUUUUCUCCAGCUCCUUUUUCAGUGAUUACAGCGGUGCCAACUCUCCUUUUGCCAAUGGUUCCUCAGAGCUGUCAAUGCUCCCUCACCUUGCAGACCUUGUUAGUUACAGCAUACAGAAAGUUAUUGGCUUUGCCAAAAUGAUACCUGGAUUCCGAGACCUCACUGCAGAAGAUCAGAUUGCCUUGCUGAAGUCGUCAGUCAUUGAAGUUAUAAUGCUAAGAUCUAAUGAAUCAUUCAACUUGGAGGAUAUGUCUUGGACAUGUGGCAGUGAAGACUUCAAGUAUAAGGUUGAUGAUGUAACUCAAGCUGGCCAUAACAUGGAACUUCUGGAGCCUCUUGUUAAAUUCCAAGUGGGCCUCAAGAAAUUGAGCCUCCAUGAACAAGAACAUGUGCUUUUGAUGGCCAUCUGCAUUCUUUCACCAGAUCGCCCAGGAGUGCAAGACAAAGCACUGGUUGAAGCAAUUCAAGACCGCCUUUCUUCUAUUCUACAAACCUAUAUUCUUUGCAAACACCCACCCCCUGGGAACCGGCUGCUGUAUGCUAAAAUGAUCCAGAAACUGGCCGACCUCCGCAGCUUAAACGAGGAGCAUUCCAAGCAGUAUCGUACCCUUUCUUUCUUGCCAGAACACAGCAUGAAACUUACACCGCUCGUGCUGGAAGUAUUCGGAAAUGAAAUAUCUUGACCUGAAUUUAGACUUUUACUUAAAUUCAAGUGUGAGUAAUUGGAGGUGUCAAUGACAAUGAUUAUCGUGGCAGUGGGUCUUAAUUCUUUUUCUGCAAUGCAAAAAGGCUGGGAGAUUUAAAUGAAACCAAUCGUUCGUUGCAGUUUGUAUAUAAUGCAUCAUAUACUAUUUAAGAGUUAUCGUAAAGCACUCAGAAAUAGGAACAAACAUUUCUGUUGUCGGCUCAAGUUGUUCUUGGCAUGUUGUGCUUACUGUAAUGUUCAAAUUGAAAAAGCUUUGACGUGCUGUGUGCCUUCUAUGACAGGAAAUGUCAAGUUUGUUAAAUGUAUAUAUGUGAUUUCUAUAUGUUUGCAAAAGCCAUUAUACUGAACAUUUGAAGCCAUGAGGACUCAGUGUUGUGCCAAAAUGAAUGUUCAGCCUUAUCCAACUUAAUCCUUUGUUUCAUGAGCUGAUAUAUACAGUACAUUUAAAUAGUUAACGAA